UUUUCAGGCGCUGUUCAGUAUUUUUAUAUACAUUUAAAACAAAAAAAUAUGUCUAGGUUCUUUGAUACUACACGUACUACUAUUAUGUAGCAUAUAACAUACCGAGACUAAAGACAUCCUUAUUUCAACAUUUCUCCCGUCGGCGCCGGGCAAAGUUUUCACAAAGUCCUUUCGGUCGACGAUAACUUGGCAGUCAAAAGUUCCCAUUCUCGAAACUUUUACGCACGCGACUCUCUCAAGUUUGGAAUUUUGAACUUUUCUUGAAAACAAUCCUUAGGCGAUGUCUUGAAAUUAUUAUUUGCGGUAGAUUAAACAAGUACUUUUACCACUUGGGUAAAACAAAGCUAUAAUUACAGUGAAAAUUGUGAUAAAAGAUGGAUUUAUAAAUCUGACGUAAGUGUUGUGACUGCUGUGAUCCAAAAUGGCGGCAGCCAUGAUAAAGGAUCGGGGACUGCGAAAGAAGUUAACUCAACAAGCCAUACCGGAGAAAACACCAAAAAAACCUUCAAAACGCAAAUCGACUCCUAGCAGCUCCAGAAACGACAAAAAGAACGAACAAAACAACAAUAAAAAACCAAAAAUACAGACUGGAGACCCGAAAGUUGACUUGUUCUCAACCUAUCAACCGUGGGUUAUCCAGACGUACGGAGAUUUGGCAAAAACCAAGACGAUAACUUUGAAAAAGUAUGCCAGAAUUCUAAGAACCCUCCGCGGGGAAGAAUGCAACAGUUCUGACAGUUCUAAAUUUCGCUUUUGGGUGAAGGCGAAAGGCUUUCAUGUGGGUAGACCGACGGGAUAUGACGCGAAGCCUGCCGACGGAAUAAUUUGUCGAUAUAGCGUGGCCGAUGCAGAAGGAUGUCCGCGUGGUCCAGAUGGCCAGGAAGUCUACACAGGGUCCCAAAAUGAUCCCCCGUUGUAUAUUCCGACUCCUCCUUUAAAGAAUGCAGCUAACCAAGAACCAGUUUAUAGGAAAGUGGCGAUUGUUGAAAACUUUUUCGACAUAAUCUACACUGUCCAUGUUGAGUUAGAAGGAAGACCUGGAAAGCAUGCUGGACAAAAGCGAACGUAUAGGACAAUAACAGAAACCUACGCGUUCCUCCCUCGGGAAGCAGUCACACGUUUCCUCACAGGCUGCGCGGAGUGCGCGCGGCGCCCGCGCAGUGCCUCCCCGCCCCCCCUACCCACACCCUCGCCCUCACCCACCCGCCACCCCUACCUACCCUUCAUCCCCCACUGUGCCCCCGACUAUAGAAACUGGGAAUCAGAAAUAGAUGCCGCGCAAAACUACUCCUACGAACCGAAAUUCGACUACACUGACUUACAGCCGCUCAAAAAAAUCGAAAGUCCCAAACCGGUUGAAGAGGAAGAACCCACGUACAUAGAACUUACAACUAAGAACAGCUUUGAUGCCACCACACUUUACAACAGAAGUUCAGUGGAACCAUUCAGAGAAGAGGAGCCAGUCAGAACUGACCCUGAAAUAGAUAAAGACGACAGUGUGAUAGACGUAGAAGAUGUCCAAUGUAGUCCACCUCCUGCAACUGAAAAGAAAGACGAGGAAACCCCAAAUGAAAGUCCAAAAGAAACUGGCACAACAAAAGAAGAUGAUGUCAUUGAAAAGUCUGAGAGCAAACGGGAUAAAAAGUACAACCCACUAGACGUUGCAAAUUUGACUUCAAAAGAUCCCCCAAAAUCAAGAUCCCCACCCAGAAAGAAGUUGUUACCUGCUAGUCUAGAUUUUCCCCAUUCGUACGGACGAUAUCCAAAGCCAUGGCGCCCUGAUGGUGGUAUUUAUUAUGGUGAUGACAUAGACUUUAGUGUACCAAUCACUACGGCGUAUUUGAAGCAUAUGCGGAACAUGGGGUGCCAGGAUCGAUUGGAUUCAGAAAAUAAGGAUAACUUGACACCAGAACCAGCUGACAUGAAUGAUGACGAGAAUUUCUCAAGUCAUGGCUACGCGAAAGACGCAGAGAAGUUGAAAAUGAUGUUGCUGGCCUGGAAUUAUCAAAGCCAGACACAAGGCCGCAAUGGUGACAUAACAGAGAGUGGGGCGGAUAGCAUGGCUGAUCUCUGGGCCUCCUAUCACAGCGCACUGGGCCUUGGAAGCAAGCCUCCAAAAACUCCUACGCCGAUGGCCACUGGACACUCGAGUCCCAUCCACGUUGGAUCAGCUACUCCAGUAGAGCCGGCGUCGACACACGACGAGACCUCGUCGUCGGAUCGGACGAAGGACGACGACGACGGCGGCGCAUCCGACGAUGAUAGCGACGACCGAGUGGAUCCUCAACAUCACGAUCCUGAACGGCUGAAAGCUUUCAAUAUGUUCGUCCGUCUUUUCGUCGACGAGAACUUGGACAGGAUAGUUCCCAUUUCAAAGCAACCGAAAGAGAAAAUCCAGGCUAUUAUCGACUCCUGCACUAGACAAUUCCCGGAGUUUGCUGAGCGCGCACGCAAGAGGAUCAGAACUUAUCUGAAGAGUUGCAGGCGGAAUAAGAAAGUGCGAGGGGAAACGGGUCCCAGCAGUGGGAAUGGAGGGAACACGCCCUCUGGCAAUGCCUGGGAUACCGCGGUCCGCCCGACGCCCGCGCACCUCACGUCCGUGCAAGCGGAGCACAUCCUGGCGCAGGCGUGCGAGAACGAGAGCCUGAACGCCAAGCGCAUGCGUCUCGGACUUGACCCUGUAAGCCAGCCCAUGCCCACUGUGCCCACGCCCAUGGCCAUAGACACGACCGCGACAUCUGCAGUGGCCUCGUCAUUCCUGAGCCUCUACAGUGGGGCCAUGAGCAGCGCGUGCACUUCAGUCAGCAGCUCGGCGGCCACGAGCCUCGCGCACAGCAAGGCGGCGGCGGACACCACGCGCCCGCCUUCCAGCCCCGCGCUGGACAACCCGUUGCUCAACAACAACAGCCUGAAGCUCGAUAACGCCAAUGGGAACACUGGCAGCAAGACCGCGAGCCCAGCGUCUUCCCCUGCCCCGCUGUUCAGACCAUCGUUCCCUAAUACAUUUGGGAAUCCUCCAACUUUUGGAAGACAAAGCUCAAAUACAAACCCGACUUCAGCUUUAUCAAGCAAUGCACUUUUGUCAACUCUGACCGCUAUUCCUCCUACAGGUGUUGGAGUGAACGCGGCAAUGGCUGCAUACCAAAGCGCAUUAUUGUCUGCAAUGGCUGCUCAUACGCACACAUUUCCAAAUCUGACAGCCCCAACAGAUUUAUCGCUCAAAACAUCAGUGUCCACUCCACUGCACGCGACAUCUACGUCAUCGUCUCUAUCAGGCUCGGGGUCCCAGAAGUCACUUCUCUCUCACAAGUUGUCAGGAGCAGAAGUCGGCGCUGUUCGGCAGCUCAUCACCGGGUACCGUGAGUCGGCCGCCUUCCUUCUACGAUCCGCAGACGAAUUAGAAGCGUUACUUCUAAACCAACCCUAGGACACACCUAAACCCUUCCCAGAUUUCUUCGGAUUUAAGUUCGGAUACUUCUGAAUGGACAAUUACGUGCAAUUUUAGAAAUUUGUGGUAAAAUUAUUAUAUUUUAAUGGUGUCGAAUAUUUGGCGAUCUUGGUGUCACAAGUUGGUGUCCUAAAUUUAAAAUUUUAUUAACUGUUGUUUGUGGUAUCAAUGUAGUAAUCUACUCGUAUCUUGCGUUGAAUUGCCAGUGUUCAAUGGAUCGUCAGAGUUGUUGACAUACUGUAUUCAAAUUGACAAAAACAAGAAAAUAUUCAAGAACUUUGGUCAAAGAUUUAUGUAAAUAUUUUUUUGUAAUUCAACGCUAGAUCGUAAGUUGAUGGUAGAUUAGCGUUCAUUUUUAGGACGCGUGAGUAAAUUUGUGGAUUCCCAUAGAAAUAAUCUGAAGUAUGGAAUCGCAAUACAAGUACCUUGAGUAUUUGUUGUGUUUGUAUAUUUUUGCUAGAUCGCAUUCUCAAGAUCUUCCCUGACGCAUUUGGUUUUGGGGUACACCAUCGGCUUUACUUGGAAGUAUAAUAUUUCUGAUGGUGUAAUGAUGUUUAUUGAUUUUGAAAAGCAGUAGAAUUCUUACCUGCUUUAAAUCUAGAACUGUAUAUUUUUGUUUACGGUUCUUUAAUUAUUUUCCCAAUUUUUUAAAAUAAGUUAUUUAUCAUUUUGUGUUUCAAAUGGUAGCAAAAUCUUUGGAUAUAAAAUGUUCCACCUCAAUUUUUAUGUUUUAGUAUGGCCUAACUGUAAAUAGUGGCAAAUGCUAUCUCGUACGUUUAAUUAUGAAGAACCGAUUAAAAACGCUUCACUGAAAGAUACACUGUUAUCUGACAGCCAUAUUUAUAUGACGUCACCAAAUUAUCUGAUUGGUGCAGCAAAAUAUUGUUCCACCAAUCAGAUUAUUAGGACUUAUAUAGACUGUUUUAUAGUUUCUGUGAAUGUAAAACAUGUUAGUUUUACAUAUUUAUUUAUUCACUAAAACCGAUUAUUAUUCCGAUAUAUCAUAGUCAAAUAAUAAUGAGUAAAUUUUUGGGGCGAUGAUAUAAAACUAGUAAUUAUUAUUUAGUUGGUUUUUAAAACUAAAUGUAUAUUGCUUAAAACCCGGGUUAAUUUGGAGUCAACCUUAGUGCAUUUUGCAACCUUUGGCUUCGUAAACAAAUUGACUUAAGACCCAAAAAAUAUUUUUUACAUUUUAGUAUUUUUUUUACAAAAUAACGAAUAAAAACCUCGUCCUAUUCGCGACCUGAUUUAGGUCCAAAAAUAUAAAUUAAUCCUACGGAUAUUUAAUUUACUGUCCAAAUAACCAUUCGAGUGCUUAACAAGCAUUAUGAUAAGAUCUUGUUAAUUAUAUCUAAUUUAAUAUAUAAGAAAAUCAUUCUUUGUCAUUCAUUAGGACUUUCCAUUAAGGUUAACGAGUUUCGACAAAAGUAUGUAUUCGGCGUUCGUACAAAGCUGCCAUAUUGUAAAAAGUGUUGCCAUUCUAAACUCGUCGAAGAGUACAAAAUUAUUUUGUGUAUAAUUAGAUAUAAGAAAAAAAUCAGGGAGUUUUUAGUGUAAGGUCAAAAAUUUUCUUGCCUGGUGCGAUAUAUUAGUAAUUAAAAUUUAGCGGCAGCUGACUAUAUAUUUAAAUUAUAAUUUUGGUGAUCGAAAUACAUUAUUUGUCUUUGUAAGUUUUAGCAUAACAGAGUCUAAAAUUAGAUUUUAAAAUGGCAUUCUAGAUUUAAGAAGCACGAAUUUAUUUGUUGUUUUGUAUCAUACUGAUAGUUCUGUAGUUGUAUUUACAAACGAUUAAUAUAUUUCUAAUAUAUAUCAAUAUUAAUUCAAAUAUAUAUUACGGUAUCGUGAUUGGCUCCAUCCAAAUUUGUAAUUUUGGUAGCUUUUUUCUUAAUAAUAGCAACAUUGGUAAUUAUUUUUAGAAGCUUUUUUUGUGUAUAUUUUGAAAAUAGAAGGUCAUUUUUUCUUUUUAUAAUUUAUGUGACGGUGUUGCUAUAUUAUAUAGAUUUUCAUAUUUUUCGCUUUGCUCAGUACAAUAAACAUCCGACUUUUUGUAUUUACUUGUUACCAUAGAUUUUAUGGCCAGGUAUAGUUAGUGUUAAUAUUAGGUAAUGCUUACAGUGUACAAAUUAAGGUUCAAUUUAUUGAAAAUAAACUGCAUUAUUAUUGAUUGACACUUCUUGGUAUAAAGUUUCUAUGUUGGGCCUAAAUUUAUUUUGUAAUUUUCGAGAUACCUCGUAAUGUUGUUUAUAUUCCGUUGUUAGUACUUAACGUAAGUUUGUCUUUUUAUAAUAUUAUGUUACUCUAAAAUUAACACAGUUUCGGCCAGUUUACUAUAAUUCAUGCAAUAGUGUAAUAGACAAUAGUUUUCGUUAAGAAAUAAGUUAACACAUACAUAAAAUAGACGAUAAUUCAAAUAACCGCUUAUUUCUUUGCCACUCAACGACUGCGAAUUUUUGACUAAUCAAACGUGAAAUCAUUUCAGUUAACAAAUCUUUUAUCUGUAUGUUCUUAAAGAAUAAUAUUUGAAAUGGCAGAGAACCAAUGUUAUGUAUUUACGACAAAAAUUAAAGACACUUAUUUUGAAGUACAAAACAUGCAAAUUCAAAAAAAAUAUUCGCUGUAGACAACGAAUAUUAAUAAUUAUUAGAACAGGUGAGAAUUCGAAUAAGUCAAUACAAAACUUUUGGAUUUAUAUUAUGACCAACAUAAACAAAGAUUUUAAUAAGCCCUUUGAUUAUGUUGCUGUAAUAAAAAAAAAACAAAAGUGUUUAGCUACUCCAAUCUCUCGUUUAGUAAUCUCCAAAUCCAUACAUGUGUUUAGAUUUGUUGAAAUAUGUGUCUCACUAAAUGGAUGCACAUACCAGUGUGAAUCCAUCUCCGUGUUAUUUAGCAUAAAUUGUAUACAUCAAGGUAUAGUAAUAUUAGUCAAAAAUUCUGCAGUCCUACACAGAAUGUACAAUAGUUUUUCCACUUUGCCAAUUUUUCUCAAUAGUAUAAAAGCUUGUGCCAGUUUUUAAAAAAUUGUAAAUUCACUUUUGAAUACGAAAAAUUGCCAAAGAAUCGAAUUGAUUAUUCUAAUUCUUUAUUAUUAUGUAUUUUUUUAUAUUCAAAUGUGUUAAUAGUAAGGUUUUUGUUUUUUAGUGCGCAUGGCAGUUGUCUUAAUGGAACUUUUUUCGAAUCAAAAUGUAUGCUGACGGUGACGAUUUAAAUGUUCACUGGGCGUUUAUACAUGUACGUAAUACGGUAUUAAAUAGUGAAAGGCAUUGUUUUCCGAGAAAAAUAAAAGAAAUAUGAAUUACCUAGUUAAUAACGAUGUCACAUAAUAUAUUCAGAAAAUCAUGUUAGUAAAUGUUAACAAGCAAUAUUAACACUAUUGUGUUGCUUGUUUUUUUUUUAAUUUAUGCCAUGUUUUGAUAAAACCGGUUAAUUUCUUAUUUAGUGACAAUUCCUGAUUGCUUAAAGAAAAUAAUCCUUAGUGUACGCAAGUGUUCGAAUAUAAAACGGAGAAUAUAAAAUGUUUUAACUAGAGAGGCCAUGCGCGCUAAAUCCAGAUGAGGUUUUUGGAUUACUUUUCAGAUCAUUCCAAUAUUUUUCUAAAACUUACGUCAUUCGGUGCAUUAGAAAGAAGACAGUAGUUCUUGUAAUGGAGAUUUGUAAAAAGUAUGUUUAGAGUAUUAUAAAAAAAGUUGAUUAGAAAUAUGAGAAAGUUGAUGUUGGGAUAACGAAAAAUAACGAAAAUCGUGGUAAAAAGUUGAAAUGAAUUUGUUAGACAUUAAAAUAUAUUAUUAUUAGAGAUGUAUAAAUGGUUUACGAUUAUUAUUAAUUUUGAGAGUAAUACAGAAAUGAAGUAAACAAAUGGCGAUUGUUACUAUAAACGAUAUGAGAAUUUAGUUAUAAUUUUUGCAAUUUCAAAAUGUGAGUUUUACAAUUUUGAAAAAGAAAAUAUUAAAUAUGCUCAUAUACAAUAA